CAAGAAAGUCGUAGUCUACUUCCUUUCUUUCGCAGUUUUACAAAUAGGUUAACGCUACAUGACGAUGGCGGCCGCCUUGAGAGGAAGCUUUCUAACAUUGGCCAAGGGACUCGCUGCGGGUCCCAAGUGGCAGCAGCUGCCCACCCGUACCUUAAGUGUCACCACAGGACUGUUUGGACCCGAGGCUCCACCUGCACGCGCCGACUCCACCUUCAAGGUUACCAUGGUCCCUGGAGAUGGUGUGGGACCUGAGCUUAUGACUGCUGUCAAGGAUGUCUUUAAGGCAGCUGACGUCCCUGUAGAGUUUGAGGAGUUCCACCUGAGCGAGGUCCAGAACAUGGCCAGCGAGGAGAAGCUUGAUCAGGUGCUGGCGUCAAUGAAAACCAACAGGGUGGCCAUGAAAGGAAAGAUUCACACUCCAAUGGAGUUCAAGGGAGAGCUGGCCUCCUAUGAAAUGAGACUGAGGCGUAAACUGGACCUUUUUGCAAACGUGGUACAUGUGAAUAGCCUGCCGGGUUACAGCACGCGCCACAACAACCUGGACCUGGUCAUCAUCCGUGAACAGACAGAAGGAGAGUACAGCUCUCUGGAGCAUGAGAGUGUUACUGGUGUCAUUGAGUGUCUGAAGAUCAUCACCAGAGUGAAGUCUCGUCGCAUUGCCAAGUUUGCGUUCGACUACGCCACCAAGAAAGGACGCAGUAAAGUCACAGCUGUACACAAGGCCAACAUCAUGAAAUUAGCAGAUGGCCUCUUCCUGCAGUGCUGUGCCGAGGUGGCUGAGUUGUACCCCAAAAUCAAAUACGAGAACAUCAUCAUCGAUAACUGCUGCAUGCAGCUGGUCCAAAACCCGUACCAGUUUGAUGUGCUGGUCAUGCCCAAUCUCUACGGCAACAUCAUUGAUAACCUAGCGGCGGGCCUGGUGGGUGGAGCUGGCGUGGUGCCAGGGGAGAGCUACAGCGCUGAAUACGCCGUCUUCGAGACUGGGGCAAGGCAUCCCUUCGCUCAGGCAGUUGGCAGGAACAUUGCCAACCCCACUGCCAUGCUCCUCAGCGCCGCCAACAUGCUCAAGCACCUCAACCUGGAAUACCACUCUCACAUGGUGUCUGAUGCUGUCAAGAGGGUCAUUAAGCAGGGCAAGGUACGGACACGAGACCUUGGUGGUUACUGCAUGACUGGGGACUUUGUGCGUGCCGUUGUGGACAACCUGCGGCACCGACCCAGUUCCUAAAAAGCCUCAUAAUCAGUGCAGCUGGUUAGCUAAGCAGAUCUCAAAUGUGCCCCUUUACACAGGGCCAGAACCAAAGCAGUGUCGAUUCCGCUUAUCUGUUUCUUUCUCUGAACUUGCAGGUGCUUUUUUAACAACUUCCUUGUGGCUCUCUCAAAAUUUCUAUUUACAAUUGUGCUUUUCUACAACAUUCUUGCACUCUCACUGCUUUAGCACAUUUUCUCUUGCUGCUCUUCUUGGCCCUAUGGGAUCAUUCUUUUUUCCCAUGCGGGUUAGGGUCAGUGUUCAGCUCUGGCCUGUCUUAAUUGAGUCUUAAUUUCACCUGUCUUGACUCAGCUUUUGUCUAUACUUGAGACCUCUCUGGUCUCUGUGCCCUUUUUCCUUUCCUUCUACUUAAAAACAUUUUUUUUUUUACUAGAAAGUAAAAGAUACCUUUAGUCGCUAUUCUUUAGUCGAGUGCUUGCUUGUUUUUCUUUUUUUGCUACUGAUAUAUGCCUUUCACUGAACUAGUCAAGUAUCUUAAGUCUUUCUAAUCAGUCAAGAUGACUUUCUCAAAGUUGAUUACCAAAAAAACAAAACAAACUACUUUAACUACAAAUGUCAAUUAAAUCUUGUUUUACCAUUUCACAA